AUGGUCAUCGAUAUUGACAGUCCACCAAACACAUCUAAAGAACAAAUUAUAUCUCCCUUCAUCAUGGGACCUUCAGCUAUUUCAGUUAACCCUUCUGAUAUCGUCAGUGGCGACGGCGACUUGGAGACUUCCCGAAACAAACACGGCCACAAAUUGCAGAAUAAAACACCACUUCAAGCUAUGUCCUAUGGUGGCGUUGUUCUUGGCGGCAUUCCGAAGCAUUUGGACUUCCAAUCACACCGUCAAUGGCAACUCAAUCAUAUGGCUGCUGCCUUCCGUCACUGGCAUCGCGAAGGUUAUGUCGAGGGUAUGAGCGGUCAUAUUUCGGUUCGUGAUUCGGAGUUUCUCAAUGCGUUCUGGACCAACCCCCUAGGCCGGCAUUUCGGCCUCUUGAAAGUUAGCGAUAUGAUUCUUGUCAACCUGGAUGGGUCUGUCAUUGGCGGCAAUAAAUCUGCUCCUCCGAAUACUGCCGGGUUCCUUAUUCAUGCUGCGGUUCAUAAGGCGAGACCGGAUGCACAUGCUGUUUGCCACUGCCAUAGUGUGCAUGGAAAGGCAUGGUCGGUCUUCGGCAGACGAUUGGACAUGUUGACGCAAGAUGCUUGCAAAUUUCGAGGAGAUGCGCAUGCCGUGUAUGACAGCUACGGAGGUGUCGUCUUGGGUAGUGAAGAAGGCGACCGCAUUGCUAGCGCACUUGGUCCAAAUGGCAAGGGGUGCAUUCUCAGAAACCAUGGAAUCCUGACCGUUGGGAAAACUGUCGACGAGGCUGCUUUCUUGUUCACAUCAAUGGAACGAACAUGUCAGGUUCAGCUGUUGGUAGAGGCUGCAUCGCAUGGAGACAUUGGCCUUCGAAAGGUGCUGAUCAGUGAUGACGAGGCGAACUUCAACUUUGACGUUGAGAGUGAUUCUGAGGUUUGUUACUGCGAGUUCCAGGUAUAUUACGAUUUGGAGGAAGAGCUAUCCGGUGGAAGUCUCAAAACUUGA